AUGGCGUUGAGCUACUACUCCAACUGGACCUCUUUUCUGCAGCCAGACUACUCCGGCGAUGAUCCAGAGCUCCAAUCUUUUUUGAACCCGGACGACUAUUUCGCUGACUCCUUCUGCUACUCUCUUCUUUGCGACGACCUCACUUAUCAUGCUAAUGGACUUCCCUUGGAUUUGGAUAAUCUCACAACUGCAACCCAACCCCCACCUUUUCUUUUGCCGCACCAACAACAACAAUCCCAGGCGCCCUUGUUCCACUUACCCAAACGCCACAAGCUCUACGAUUACUCCCUGCCCGAAUUUGUCUUGCCGCCGCUGUUGCCUCAGUUCCCUGCCGCGGAUUUCAGCACGGGGAGCUGUGAGAGCGCCAAGAACGAAACAAGCUUAUCAGCGCAGAGCAUUGCAGCGAGGCAGAGGCGGCGGAAGAUCACAGUGAAGACGCAAGAACUCGGGAAGCUGGUUCCCGGCGGGCAGAGGAUGAACACGGCGGAGAUGCUGCAAUCCGCCUACAACUACAUCAAGUUCUUGCAAGCGCAAGUUGCUCUCCUUGAAUUCCUUGGUUCGCAUCAUCAGGAGGUACCAUUCGAGGGUGAAGAAGAGCUCCAGAAUCUUUUAGAAUCUCCUUUGAUUCAAGAAAAGAUAUACUCCACUCAACAUUGCUUGCUUCCAAACAAGUUGGCGGAACAAGUUCCAUUACUCAAAUCCAAUCCACAUUUGCUGGAAAAGGAUCAUUGA